CAGUUGGGUUACUGCCAGUCAGUGGAUAUUAAAACACUGUAGUACUACAGGGCUGAGUUUGGGGUGGUGUUAUAUCUCAGUGGAUAUACAGUAUGAUGAAUGAGUAAAAAUAUCACAAAGGGAUUGAGAUCAGCAUGGAUUUACCUACUGUUAACCAGGCUGUGGGGGUGAAAGCUAAAACUACCUUUAGAGAAUGUAAACUAAACGGACAGUCAACGUUGUUAUAAUAUGUGUGCGUGUGUAAAAUGUAUUGUGGGGCACUGCAGUUUAUUAACAUGCAGAACAAAUGCCAGCCCUAAUCUGCUUGAAAAGAGAGGAAGGGGGAAUUUAGAAAACACAUUCAGAUUUUCGCUUAUUCAGCAACUGACCUUUGAUCUGACAGCAUGCUGUAGGUCUACAGCAUCAGGUAGGAAUCUAUUGCAAACACACUUCUGUUAAGCUCCAGACUAGUUGGACUUGCUGUUUGUCAUUUCAUUAUAAUCAUAUUGGGCCUGGUCUUCUGCACCAAAAGCAAGAUUCUAACUGCUUGAGCUGUAAAUCCAGACCAAGAGAAAUUCUUACAAGAGGAUCGACCAGCUCCUGUCUGUAGCCGUGAUGUGGGGGUCGGUGAUAUUCCUACUGCUGUGUCUGCUUCUGUUCAUUGCGAUUCUCCUACUGAGCUGUUUCCGGGACAGGACCACAGCAACUCUGGGACACCUGGCCUGGAGGAUCCGGCGUCAAUUGCGCUUCUGGUUGUAUCUGCCCCAGGGUGGGUCCGAGAGACCGCAGCUGAUCUGCAAGCCCUCCACCCUGGCUCACUACCUACUACAACACUGCGGCUCUUUGGGCAGGCCCUGUACCCCAGAUUGGCCCUGGCUGGACCCCCAUUUACAGACCCUGUGCAGCCUGGUUUGGCCUUUAGCAGACAAUGAAAUAGAUUUCGCCCGGGACCACCUACAGCUGCGGGACGGGGGGAUAGUGGCCCUGGAUUGGGCCGUGGGGGUCACGAUACGGAACUGGAAAGCCACAGGACCUUCCUCAUCCUCCUCUCCACCUGUGCUGAUCAUAAUCCCCAACUCGUGGGGCAGGCUGACCCCGCAUGUGCUCGGGCUGUGCAGGCUGGCUCUGGAGCAGGGGUUCUACCCGGUGGUCUUCCACAGACGAGGGCAGGGGGGCUGCCCCCUGGUCACCCCGAGUGUGCAGCAGUUUGGGGACCCCUCUGACCUGAUGGAAGCUGUCUCCUACAUCCGGUUCCGUCACCCCUCCGCGGCGCUGCUGGCUGUGAGUGAGGGCUCGGGCUCAGGGCUGCUCCUGUCCUACCUGGGCGAGUGCGGCUCCUCCUCCUACCUCACCUGUGCCGCCUGCAUCUCACCUGUGUUCAGAGGGCAGCAGUGGUUUGAGUCUCCCCUGCCCUGGCUGUACAGGUGGGCUCUGCUGCUCUACCAGAAACUCAACCUGUGCAGAUACUCCACGGCUCUCAGUGAGGUGAUGGACACACACCGGCUGUUCAGCUGCACCUCCCUGCAGCAGUUCGAGGAGCUCCAGUUCUGUACUGGCGGCACUGGAAAGCAGUCCUCGCUGAACUGGGAGUCUUACUGGGAGCGGAACGAGCCCCUUCGGGACGCAGAUGAGGUGGCGGUGCCGGUUCUGUGCCUGUGCAGCUGGGAUGACCCAAUCCGAGGAGACCCCAGAACCACGCUGCCUCUGGAGCUGUUCGAGACCAGCCCCUUCUUCCUGCUGGCACUGACACACUGGGGAGGGCACUGCGGGUUUCAGAAAGAGUCCGGCCACGGGGACAGCGGUACCCACUUCUGGAGCCAAGCGGUACUGAUGGAGUACUUCCGGGUGGUGGCGGAAUUCUUCCGGGCCGAGGAGAGGCGGAGCCAGGGCAGAGGCCCACCACCUCGCAGGAGAACCAGCACGCUGUUGCCACGAAGGCGAAGAGGCACCCUGCAGAGAGAUCCACCAGCCACAGAUGACAUCUUCAACUGGCACAGAUCUUACACACGCUGACCCAGGGACGUGGCUGCCCAGCAACGAUUAAUGCUACUGUAAUAAUCUACCAGCUUCUCUUUGAUGACCAUACACCCAUUUACAACUGGACGAUUUCAGUUAAAACAAAAAAUAUUCGAAGGGUGGUUCUGGAAAUCACCUGGCCACUAUGCACUACUGCUGGCUGCUGUGGGGAAAAAAACCCCCAAAAAAACCUCACUCAACCAAAUCUAAAGCAUGCAUCUUAAAGCAUGUACUGUUACUUACCGGUGCCCUUUUUGGCUAUGUGCUGGAGUUUCUAGAUUCCUGUUACCCAUCAUUUGGUGCCUCUAUCUGGUGCAUUUUACUGCUCUGCAAGAAUGUUUUGUUCCCCCC